CUCCUGGAUCCUGGGUGUGUGCAGUCAGUUCCAGUCACUCAGUCGAGCCCGUAGGUGCGGGGAGAAAGCACCAGCAACAUCCCAACGCGGGUCCAGCUGUUCCUGUCAACUGUCACCUUCCCUGGAAACUUCUCCCUUUGCUCCAACUGGCGGACCCAGAAUGGGAAACUACCCGAGCUAGUUCCUGAAGAGGACGUCAAUUCAGGGGCGGACUGCCAAAAGUGCCAGGUCGAUCCCUCAUUCAGUCAGCCAGCCAGUGAGUCAAUCACAUCAUUCACGUCCAGGGAAGGGUUCCAGGAGCAUCACUGGAGAUGCAGACUUUCCUAAAAGGCCGGAGAGUCGGCUACUGGCUCAGUGAGAAGAAGCUGAAGAAGCUGAAUUUCCAAGCGUUUGUAGAUCUGUGCAGGAAAAGAGGGAUAGAGGUUAUUCAGUUGGACCUCAGCCAGCCUCUCGAAGAGCAGGGUCCCCUGGACGUCAUCAUCCACAAACUGACGGACCUCAUCCUGGAGGCUGACCAGAACGAUUCUCAGGCGGUGCUGCUGGUGCAAAGAGUGCAGGACUACAUCGAUGCCCACCCCGAGACCAUUGUCCUGGACCCCCUGCCAGCUAUCAGGACUCUACUGGACCGCUGCAAGUCUUACCAGCUCAUCCACAGGAUAGAAAGCUGUAUGCAAGAUGAGAGGAUUUGCUCUCCUCCAUUCAUGGUGCUCAACACAGAGUGCAGCCCGGAUGUGCUGGAGCAGAUGAGGAAUCACGGACUCACGUUCCCCUUCAUUUGCAAAACGCGAGUGGCCCAUGGAACCAACUCCCACGAGAUGGCCAUUAUCUUCAGCGAGGAUGACCUGAAGGACGUGAAGCCCCCCUGUGUUGUCCAGAGUUUCAUCAAUCACAACGCAGUGCUCUACAAGGUGUUUGUGGUUGGGGACUCCUACACGGUGGUGGAGAGGCCCUCCCUCAAGAAUUUCCCCGCCGGACCUGCAGAACUUGUCACACUAUCAAGGGAACGCUAUGGAAGACUUCAGCAGCUAGAAGGUGGACUAAUGGCUUUGUCUGCGGCCUCUUUGGACCGGAAAGCCAUUUUUUUCAACAGCCACAACGUUUCCAAGCCGGAGUCGUCCUCAGAUUUGACCUCAAGGGAGAACGUAGAGGGUGUGUCUCAACCUCCCAGCGACGACGUCAUCCGGGAACUGUCCAGGUCCUUGCGGCAGGCCCUGGGCGUGACCUUGUUCGGCAUCGACGUCAUCAUCAAUAACCAAACGGGCCAGCACGCUGUCAUUGACGUCAAUGCCUUUCCCGGUUACGAGGGUGUCCCCGAGUUCUUCAGCGACCUGCUCAACCACAUCAGCAGCGUGCUCCAGAGCCACGUCAGCACACCCGAGCCGACCCCAGCCGGCGAAUCGCCCAAAGGCCUGAGCACCGCUGCCGCUGCCACCCCCCCGUGGAUGGUGGAGGGCGACGCCGGACUGAAGGGCGCGCGGCACCAGCGGCUGGGCUGCAGCUCUCCCAUGUCGCCCAGCUUCCAGCAGCACUGCGUGUCCUCUAUAGCCACCAAGGCCUCCUCCCAGUGACUCAGCCCCCCGCCCCCCUCUCUGGAAAAACACACAUCACAAUGGUGACAAUAACAAUGAAUAAUAAAUCAUGAUAAUUAUUAGAAAUUAUCAUUUACAGGUAUCUAAUCACAUUCUUUUCCCGUGUAGUGCUUUCAAAAUGAUGGUGAUUGAGUGUUAAGCUUUUUUCCUCUCUCUCUCUCUCGCCUUUAUUUUUUGUAAUGUUGUUUUUGUCCAAUGAGACUUUUAACAGUACUGUAAUUUGAACCUUUUGGGAAGUCGUUUGUAUUUGCUGCAGUGACGCCCGGCUCGGCAUUUUCAGACUGGGGGAAAGAUGUGCCACUAGAUGUGCAAUGAUCCCGUGUGCGUGUGCGUGUGUGUGUGCGUGUGUGUGUGCGCGUGCGUGUUCAACACCACUGACUCCUCUGUGAGGGGAGGUAGCGUGCGUUUGAACCAAGAGAUAAGCUGUUGACUUUCCUAGUGCCAUCACAUUUUAGACUUGAUUUGAAAAGCUGAGAAGGAAAUCUCCACAUGACCAAGUGAGCGCAGGAAGACAUUCCGUUUCUUUUUUUUUCUUCUUUUGUUUGCUCGUUUUCCACAGAAUGAACUCCACCUACAGGAUUCAAUUGUGAGAUUCCUUACAGCACUUCAUUGCAUCAGUUCUUUUUUUCUUUUGUGUUGUUUCCUUGAAUGCUCACUGCCUUCCGAGCAUAAAUUAUUCCGCUGAUUGUUUUAGAUCAAAUGUGCCGUCAACACUUUAAAAGAGAUUAUCACAUAACUAACAUUGUUUAAUGGGGCAAUUUCCUUGAUUGGACUCCCACACACAAUUCUUCAAACACGCAGCUAAAUGGGAAACCAUCCAGUCAGAUGUAAUGCUGUAGUUUGAGGAGGAAGCGUGGAACAUGACCAUUUUUUUAAAACUCCAAUUUGAUUGUAGUUUUUUUUUCUUCUGACAUGUAUUCAAUGAAAUUUUAUGAGGAAAUGUUUUCUAUGAAAGGCAGCAUGUGAACAAAUGUAUUUACCUGAGGGACAGAAAAAAAAGUCAGACAAAAUUGGAGAACAAGUGGCGUUAAAAGGGAGAGAUAUGUGCAAAGUGGGCGAAAUCCUGAUCUGUCUUCCUCUAAAUCUGUCUCCUGACAACUCAGUUUUUCCUCAUCCUGUAGAUUAGCAUUGACCCGAGGUCAAGUCUGCAGCUGAGAAUAAGGGAUAAGCGGUAUAGAAAAUGGAUGGAUGUCAUAUGACCCUUUGGGUGGGGGGAAAAGGGCGCCCACCUCUCCAGUAAACUCGCAUCUCACCAGCAUUCAGACACUUUUCCACUUAAAUUACUUCACCUUCAUUUAAAGGUGGGGGUGGGGGGCAGGCUUAGAGGAAGCAUACGUUUUGUUUUCUGUCACACUUGUACAUCACCC